AGGAGAGGGAAGGGGGAUGCCAGACCUGCUCACUUUCGCAGACGGUCUGAUGCCUUCUGCGCAAUCCAACCCCAGGAAAGCAGCCUCCUCUUAAGGGCCCAGGGGUCCUGGCACUUUGAAAGUGCCCUCCCUGCCCAGACCCGGGGGAAGCGAGGGGUGUGAAGGCGGAGCCACAGGGCCAGGGACACCCUCCCGAAGGUCCAGCCCUCGCCCAUCUUCCUAUCACCUUAGGGAGGUGGCACGGGGAGCGGGAUCGCCCUCUAAAUGAAAGGCAGAUGUCCCUUUAAGGUUUGCUUUGCAGCUCGUGGACUUUAGCCUAAACACGGACCCGUGAAGCUGGCUUUAUUUGUCCAUGUCUCGGACAGAGCCUGGGAGGCUGCCAGGGAUUUCAGAGACCAAGAGCGCGAAGGGGCGGGAGAUGUGGCAAUCCGUCUGGGAUAUGAGAAGCGUGCAGCGGACCUAGAGGCAUUCGUCGAAAACACAGGAAAUCACUCGGCAGCUCCUGGGCGCCACGGCCGGCGGGGCCAGAGACUGAGACCCGCAGCGGCGGGCGGAGUGUCCCAGAGCGCGCGGCUUCUGCGCCCGGUCCUGCCAGGUCCUGCCCUCCGAUCCAGCGCGUCCCGGGCGCUGCGACCGCUCCCGCCAUGGCCCCUCGGCGCCGUGCCAGCCCAGGGGUCGCUGUCGCCUGCUGCUGGCUCCUCACCGUUGUUCUAGGCUUCUGCGUAUCCUUCAAUGUUGAUGUGAAAAACUCAAUGACUUUCAGUGGCCCCGUGGAGGACAUGUUUGGAUAUACUGUUCAACAAUAUGAAAAUGAAGAAGGAAAAUGGGUGCUUAUUGGUUCUCCUUUAGUUGGCCAACCCAAGAACAGAACUGGAGAUGUCUAUAAAUGUCCAGUUGGGAGAGGAGAAUCAUUACCUUGCAUAAAGUUGGAUCUACCAGUUAAUACAUCAAUUCCCAAUGUCUCAGAAGUAAAGGAGAACAUGACGUUUGGAUCAACGUUAGUCACCAACCCAAAUGGAGGGUUUCUGGCAUGUGGGCCCUUAUAUGCCUAUAGAUGUGGACAUUUGCAUUACACAACUGGAAUCUGUUCUGAUGUCAGCCCCACAUUUCAAGUCGUGAACUCCAUUGCCCCUGUACAAGAAUGCAGCACUCAGCUGGACAUAGUCAUAGUGCUGGAUGGCUCUAACAGUAUUUACCCCUGGGAAAGUGUUACAGCUUUUUUAAACAACCUUCUUGAAAGAAUGGAUAUUGGUCUUAAACAGACACAGGUUGGAAUUGUACAGUAUGGAGAAAACGUCACCCAUGAGUUCAACCUCAAUACCUACUCGUCGACGGAAGAGGUACUGGUUGCGGCAAAUAAAAUAGUCCAGAGAGGUGGACGCCAGACUAUGACAGCCCUUGGAAUAGACACAGCAAGGAAAGAAGCUUUCACUGAAGCCCGGGGUGCCCGAAGGGGCGUUAAAAAAGUCAUGGUAAUUGUGACUGAUGGAGAGUCGCAUGACAACCAUCGGCUGAAUAAGGUCAUCCAAGACUGUGAAGAUGAAAACAUUCAGCGGUUUUCCAUAGCUAUUCUUGGCAGCUAUAACCGAGGAAAUUUAAGCACUGAAAAAUUUGUGGAGGAAAUAAAAUCAAUUGCAAGUGAGCCCACUGAAAAGCAUUUCUUCAAUGUCUCUGAUGAAUUGGCACUAGUCACAAUUGUUGAAGCUCUGGGAGAAAGAAUAUUUGCCCUGGAAGCUACAGCUGACCAGUCAGCGGCUUCAUUUGAAAUGGAAAUGUCUCAGACCGGCUUCAGUGCUCAUUAUUCACAGGACUGGGUCAUGCUUGGAGCAGUAGGAGCCUAUGAUUGGAAUGGAACAGUCGUCAUGCAGAAGGCUAAUCAAAUCAUAAUCCCCCAAAACACGACCUUUAAUGUGAAGUCUACCAAAAAGAAUGAACAGCUUGCUUCUUACUUAGGUUACACGGUAAACUCGGCCACCAUCCCUGGAGAUGUGCUUUACAUUGCGGGACAGCCUCGGUACAAUCACACAGGACAGGUCAUCAUCUACAGGAUGGAAGAUGGGGACAUCAGGAUUCUCCAGACACUCCGUGGAGAACAGAUUGGUUCCUACUUCGGAGGUGUUUUAACAACGAUUGACAUUGAUAAAGAUUCUCAUACUGACCUUCUUCUGGUUGGGGCUCCUAUGUACAUGGGAACAGAGAAAGAGGAACAAGGAAAAGUGUAUGUGUACACUCUGAAUCAGACAAGGUUUGAAUAUCAAAUGAGCCUGGAACCCAUUAAGCAGACUUGCUGUUCAUCUCUGAAGCACAAUUCAUGCACAAAGGAAAACAAAAAUGAACCAUGUGGGGCUCGUUUUGGAACAGCUAUUGCUGCUGUGAAAGACCUCAAUCUUGAUGGAUUUAAUGACAUCGUGAUAGGAGCUCCCCUGGAAGAUGAUCACGGGGGAGCUGUGUACAUUUAUCACGGAAGUGGCAAGACUAUCAGGAAAGAGUAUGCACAACGUAUUCCAUCAGGUGGAGAUGGCGAGACACUGAAAUUUUUUGGCCAGUCUAUUCACGGAGAAAUGGAUUUAAAUGGUGACGGUCUGACUGACGUGACUAUCGGGGGCCUUGGUGGUGCUGCCCUCUUCUGGUCCCGAGACGUGGCAGUAGUUAAAGUGACCAUGAAAUUUGAGCCGAAUAAAGUGAAUAUUCAAAAGAAAAACUGUCGCAUGGAGGGAAAGGAAACAGUAUGCAUAAACGCUACGGUGUGUUUUGAUGUGAAAUUAAAGUCGAAAGAAGACACAAUAUAUGAAGCUGAUAUGCAGUACCGUGUCACACUAGAUUCACUAAGACAGAUAUCACGAAGUUUUUUCUCUGGAACUCAAGAGAGAAAGAUUCAAAGAAACAUCACAGUUCGAGAAUCAAAAUGCACUAAGCAUUUCUUCUACAUGUUGGACAAGCAUGACUUUCGGGACUCUGUAAGAAUAACUUUGGAUUUUAAUCUUAGCGAUCCAGAAAAUGGGCCCGUUCUUGAUGAUUCUUUACCGAAUUCAGUACAUGAAUACAUUCCCUUUGCCAAGGAUUGUGGAAACAAAGAAAAAUGUAUAUCAGACCUCGCCCUGAAUGUAUCCACCACAGAAAAGGGCCUGCUUAUUGUCAGGUCCCACAAUGACAAGUUCAACAUUAGCCUCACGGUCAAAAAUAAAAAGGACAGUGCCUAUAACACCAGAACCAUGGUGCAUUAUUCCCCAAAUCUAAUUUUUUCAGGAAUUGAGGCUAUCCAAAAAGACAGUUGUGAAUCCAAUCAUAAUAUCACUUGUAAAGUUGGAUAUCCUUUCCUGAGAAGAGGAGAAAUGGUAACUUUCAAAAUAUUAUUUCAGUUUAAUACAUCCUAUCUCAUGGAAAAUGUGACCAUUUAUUUAAGUACAACAAGUGACAGUGAAGAACCCCCUGAAGCCCUUUAUGAUAAUGAAGUAAACAUUUCCAUCCCUGUAAAAUAUGAAGUUGGACUACAGUUUUACAGCUCUGCGAGUGAAUACCAUAUUUCAGUUUCGGCCAAUGAGACAGUCCCUGAACUGAUUAAUUCUACCGAGGACAUUGGAAAUGAAAUUAAUGUCUUCUACUUGAUUAGAAAAAGUGGACAUUUUCCAAUGCCAGAACUUAAGCUGUCAAUUUCAUUCCCCAACUUGACGUCAGACGGUUAUCCAGUGCUGUACCCACGUGAAUGGUCAUCUUCUGAUAAUGCAAACUGCAGACCCAGUAGUCUUCAGGAUCCUCUUGGUAUCAACUCUGAGAAGAAACCGAUUAGAUUCAAAUCUGAAGAUCUCAAACGAGGCACAAUUCUGGACUGCAGUACAUGUAAAUUUGCUACCAUCACGUGUAAUCUGACUCCUUCUGAUGUGAGCCAAGUGAAUGUUUCACUUAUCUUAUGGAAACCAACUUUUAUAAAAGCACGUUUUUCCAGCUUAAAUCUUACUGUAAAGGCAGAGCUUCAUAGUGAAAAUACAUCACUGGUUUUAAGUACCGGCAAUCAAAAAAGACAGCUUGCUAUUCAAAUAUCCAAAGAUGGGCUACCGGGCAGAGUGCCAUUAUGGGUUAUCUUGUUGAGUGCUUUUGCUGGAUUAUUGCUGUUAAUGCUGCUCAUCUUAGCACUGUGGAAGAUUGGAUUCUUCAAAAGACCACUAAAGAAGAAAAUGGAGAAAUGAAAUAUUUUUUAAAAGAAAAAAAUUAUUAAAUGAUCUAUCCUCAGGUUUGCCUCAACUAUGUGACAAGAAAUUUAUAAAUAUAAUUAAAGACAUAGUCACAUAAAUUUGUAUAAUCCAUCAGGGUUAAUCACUUGGAAAAUGACAGAUCAAGCAAGAUCCAAAAAUAAUACCAUAUAUAUUUUAUAAAAUGAUGAAAAAUAUUUUUAAAUAAUUACUCAUUUUUGUUGAGUACUUAAGAAAAAUUUCAAAGUGUUUUGAAGAUGAAGAAUAACCUGUACAAAUAUGUUUAUGUAUUAAAUCACCAUUCAAAGUAUUUAAGGAAUGCAUAAAAAUAUUUUUAUGAUCAUUGAAACAUUUACUUUCAAAACAAUAUAAAUUAACUUUUUCAGUUGAUUCUUGAUGAAUAUAGUCAUUCAGCAUGACAGUCAACAUGUGUAAAUGCUAAGAAAGGAAUUACCUUAAAAAGAUCAUUUCCCCGAUUCAAAUGAGAAAAAUUUCCCGGGUAGAAUCUAUUUAAAGACUGGACUGAAAAUAGAAUUAAAUCACAGAGAAUACAUUCAGUAUCUUUGUAUUCAAUUCAGUACUUGGAAGGUUUUCUUUCCAAAGUGUUUGGAAAAUAGUGCAAUUGAGCUGAAAUUCUAUCUAUGAUGGAAAAUUAAGAUAGACUUAUUUAUGAUAAAAGCAAGUGCACUGAAUGGAUUAAUUGAAGUUUUUAUGGAACAUGCUUGAUUUUGAUAUUGAGCUCUAAAACUCAAAAUUCUUUUAUACUGAAAAAACACUUAGAGCAAUUUUGUGUGUCAUAACAGCGAUGUGUUAUAAAAAGCCACAUUGUGGGUGGCAUAUACUAAAAUGGUUUCUGAAUGGAACAUGGCAGCAUAGAUAAAUGCCACUGAAAUGCCUAAGUCAUCUUUGCUAGGCACCUUUUGAACAAACGUCAGAGGACCUUGGAUGUAACCGAAAGUAGGAGUUUUCUCAACUCUUUGGUACAUGGUUCAUUCAAACCCUCAAGCUGUGAGAGUAUGUGUAUUUUUCAUUUUUUACAGUUAUGUAAUUUUCCAAAUACAUUUCUUAUUUCUAUGAAAAGGCAGUAUUCCAUUUCAGUAUUGUGUUUUACUAAGAAGCCACUGCUUUUUGAGUGUGGCAUAUCAAUAUUUAAAGAGAACUCCAGAAAUGUAUUUUAAAGAAUUUCAGGUUUGAAACCUCGCACUAGCGGAAGGAUAUUACAACUUUGUAUAUGCUUCUUUGUUCUUGAAGUCAUCGUUUUGGUGCAUGAGACUGUACUGUAGCAUAAGCUCCUAGGUUGCUCCAUUUCUUCGGAAAAUAACCAGGAAUGAAUGUAUAGUAGCUGCGUGUGUGAACUACUGCUGUAACAUUUGCUGAUGCUUCCUCAACCACUCCAUCUCUCCACCUGAUUGACCAUCACAAGACCAGAACCUGUAACUAUCCAGAAAGUCCUGGGCUGUUUUUCUCAAAAAGCAGCAACUCAAUGAAGAAAUUAAAUGCCCUGGAUUUAACUUUUUAGAACUAAUUUCCAAGGAAUUAUCUGAGGACUCAGAGUCAGCCUGUCUCAUGGCUCUCCACAUCUACGUCUAAGAUCCUGAUGGUCAAAGCCAUACGCCUGGGGAGUGCUGAGAUCAUCAGUAGCUAGAAGAAAAGCAAAGUCUUUCCUAUCCUUUAGCAGGAGGAGACUUGCUAUCCUCCUGCUGGCUUGUCUUGUUGAGGAAUGUCUACUUUGGGGAUUUUCUUCAUUCCCACUAUCUAUCUCCAGGCUCAGAAAUCAUUCUUUCCACCUGUUUUUCCUUUGCCCAACAACUCUGGCCUGUCUUAUUCUGAGUUACCAUGUCACACAAUUCCAGGGCACAGCCUGCUCAGCAGCUCCACUCCAAUCUCAGCACAUCCUUAGAAAUAAAUCAACAGAUAAAGUUCAAUUCACACUCAGCUUCUGUGACUAUGAGGCAAAGCCAUCAAUGAACUAGGAGUGUGCACGUGUAAGCUAAAUACAUGUUAACAUAAAGGGGAACAAGAGAAAUGAUGGCAUUGUGAACUUUUUAGAAAAGAGAGGAAGACUGUUUGGCCAGAUCAAGUAGGUACUUGUAAGACUGGCACAAUUUUUAACACAUGUCAUUCCGGGCUUUUAAGUAGAAUAUUUACUUUACUAGGUAUCACAUAGUAUUAUAAUUUGUUCAGGUUAAUGUGGGCAUCUGUAUGUGUACGUGUUUGUGUGUAUAAAUACACAGACACACACAACACAGAUACAAAUUUAACAUGAAAUACCUCAGUAACACCCAAUGACAGAGUUUACAAAAAGUAAAUACAGAAAAGCUACACCAAAAAGAAAAAUUUAAUUUUCCACUUUUGAAUAUGUUUUCAUUUUCAUUAACAUUUAACUUAGCAUACAAUUCUGCAAACAUAAAGGAAGAGUCUUUGAUUAAAAAAAUAUAAGUCCACAGAUGUCCCAAAUUAUCUUUGUACAAAUAUUUUAAAACAGUCUAUUAUUAAGAAAUAUACUAAACUGUAUCAUUUUAUUUUAAAAUAUUUAAUAAGAAAAGUAGGUGAAAUUUAAGACUAAGAACUUAUUGGCUAAAAUAAAUUACCAAAUACUUUCUUUUUUUUAACUUUGGUUAUUUCUUUUUUUUGAAAUUGAUUAUUACUUCUCCUGUGAACUGAACUAUGUAUGAAAUCCCUUUCCUGACCAAACCUAUAAUGGUAUAUUGGUAAAUUAUUUAACAAAUACCUCUCCAAGAGGAAAAAAAAAUGCCUGAUUUGCAUUAUUUUCCAAUUUUCAUGCCCUAAAUAGUCUCGCCAUGGCCAUUUUCAAGCUACUUACAUAACCCUAAGUAGCUUGCAGAAUUUCUGAGCAUUUAUCUGUCAGCUCUUAUGAACCAGUACAAGCUGCCUUCAGCACAUUACUGAGAUAAUAUGACAAUGAUAGCUAGUGAGAGAAAGAGGAGAUAGAUAUAGAUGAUAGAUUGAUAGAUCAAUAGAUGAAAGAUGAUAGAUGAUAGAUAGAUAAAACAUGUACAUAUACAUAUGCAAACACACACAAUAUAAUUAUAUUUCAAAUGAUGCUUAAAAUGCUGAUCUCAAGUCCAGUAGACAAAAUGCUACAUAGUUCUUUGUUCUUCAGUUUUAAUUUCUAAAAUUAUAACUUUCCUUUAACAUUAAUAAAAUGAUAUAAACUUGCAGGAGUAGGAAGGAGUCGGAAGCAAGAAUAUAUAAAGGUUGAUACACAGUGAAAAAUCAAAUCUAUACAACCACAAAGAAGCUGCUACACUUUCUCUAGAAUCCAGAACCCAGGGAGCAAUAUUGUGAAAGGUCAUUUUUUGUAAAUAUUUUUAACUUCUGUGAUUCAAUUUGAACUUCAAUGAUUCCAUUAAUCCAAUUUGUUCAAUUAUUUUUUCUAAGCACGAGAUUGAUGGAGAAUUUAAACUUUGAAUGUUUUCUAUGGCAUAAGUGUUCUUGAAAUGAGGCUUGGGGAGGUAGAUAUUUUUACAAAAUUUGAUGCCUGCUCAACCAUAAUAAUUUUACCUACAAAUGUAUAUAGAUAUAUACAGAUAAAUCCUCUUUUUCUUUUAUAAAACCAACAUAUGUCAAGGCUCCCUUGGAAAACAAAUAAAAGCAAACGUUGGCUGUA